AUGCGUGGCCGCCAAAUCAGACCCGCGCGGGUGCUGCAGAGCGUCCAGGAGGAGCUCAAGAGCACCGUCAUGGGCAGCGACAAGACGUACAAGCCGCCCUGGCUCAACAUUGUCUCCUCGGUUCCCCCGUCCGAGACGCUCAUCCGACCGAUCCCCACGCAGCACGCCACCGCCUUUGGCGGCAGCAAAAAGGCGCGCAAGCCGCACAACAUUUACCGCCCGCAAAAGAUCGUCUACAUCGAGGACAAGCUGCGUGCGGCCUUUUACAAGGACCACCCGUGGGAGCUGGCGCGCCCGCGAAUCAUCCUCGAGUCGGACGGCAAGGACAGCCAGCGCUGCGACUGGAGCAAGGGCGUGCGCCAACCAGGCGUGGCCCUGACCGGAGAGAGUGUCGUUCAACGCCAAUUGUAUCUCAUGGAAGCCGGGCAGAUGACACAGAACAAGGCCUACGAUACGGCACGCCAUGAAUUCUACAAGUUGCGCCAGGCUGAGGAAAUCGAGCGCAGGGUCGCCCUCGAGGAGGCCCGACACGUCGGCGCCUACUUUGGCAAGACAAGAGGCGACGUGGGCAUGAUGCUCGAGGACCACGAGUUCGAGAACUGGAAGGUUUGGGCCGGCAAGGAGACGGCAGCGCGGCAGGCGCGCGAGGCCUCGGAGGUGGAAACGUUUGACCCCGAAGAUGCCCUGUCUAGCACGGAGGCAGGUCCUGCCGGCUCUGCUGAGGCGCGGCCGUCAGCAUAA